AUGUCUCGUCAUGAUGACCCUUUCGACACCGCAGCCGCCACCUCGGAGGUAAAAGCUUCGUACUGGUACCCAGAUGGAGAGACCAAGGAUUCCGCAACCUCGGCUCAAACCAUUCCCGCAGAACUCUUCACUCACCUUUUCUGCGCCUUCGCCGAUCUCGACGCUGAAACCAACAAAGUUUUUAUCCCCCUAGCGCACCAAGUCAUAUUUUCCACCUUCACUGACACCGUCAUGGAGAGAAACGAUCAGGUGAAGACCCUCUUGUCGGUCGGCGGAAGAAAGGCAAACAGUCAUGCGUUUGCGUCCAUGGCAAGCAAACGCCCCACUCGGAAAAAGUUCAUUGAUUCUUGGAUUGCCAUCGCUAGAUCAAACGGGUUCCAUGGUCUCGAUUUAGCCUGGGAGUACCCGAAAAAUGAGACUGAGAUGACCGCCUUUGGGGAGCUAGUUAAAGAACUGCGAGCAGAAGUUGACGCCGAGCACAGACGCACCAGCAAACCAACUUUGCUGUUGACGGCUGCCGUUUACUACUCCUCGGUUUACAAGACGUGUACCUACCCGGUUAAAGUGAUGAAAGAUAGCUUGGAUUGGGUUAACAUUAUAGCCUAUGAUUUUUACGAUCCGGAGUCGUACCCCAAUUUUACCGUUCCAACCGCCGGUUUGCACUCGUUUGCUAGCAACGAAGGUCCAACUCUAAGCGGCGAUCAAGGUUUGAGAAAGUGGAUUGAAGACGGACUUCCCAAGAAAAAGGCAGUCUUUGGAUUCUCAUACGUUGGCUGGGCCUGGACUCUCCUAAACGAUAAGAAUACCGGUUAUGAUGCGCCCGCCAACGGAGUAGCCAAACAUGAUGACGUAGCUGACGAUGGCUCUAUAAACUAUGAUAAGAUCAAGAAGUUCAUAGCUCAGGAGAAAGCAGCAACGGUUUAUGACUCCGACGUUGUCGGAAACUACUGCUCCUCCGAGUUGAUUUGGAUUGGGUACGACGAUACUAAGAGCGUUGUCGCCAAGGUGAGAUACGCUAAGAAGAACUGUCUGCUUGGUUACUUUGCCUGGAACGUUGGAGCUGACGAUCACACUGUUCUGUCUUCUGAAGCAUCCAAAGCAUGGGCUCUUUAA